AUGUCGACUACAGCGACACAUACAACAGCCGUUGAGUUACAACCCCCGCAAUCAGGUGUGCUCGAAUCCCGACAGGAAAGAAGCUAUGCCGCCGUUCCCGACACGGACGACACUUUGCUCCAGGCGUCUCUCGUUGACGACUCCCAAGUCCCGGAGGGCGGGUAUGGAUGGGCUAUUGUUUUCGGCUGCGCGGUCAUCUGCUGGUGGUUUGUCGGUACAUCCUAUUGCUGGGGGAUAAUGCAGGCAGCAUUGGUGGAGCGGGGUCUUUCGUCUCCCUCUACUCUGUCUUUCGUCGGCUCUUUGACCACCGGUUGCAUUUCGUUCCUGGCCAUUAUCAAUGCUCGAGUAAUUCGAAGAAUGGGCAUCAGACUCGCGGCGCUGACUGGAAUCGGAUUGAUUGGAAUUGGUGAAAUUUUAAGUAGUUUUGCCAUCAAUAGCAUUCCAGGACUCUUCAUCACUCAGGGGGUAGUGGGUGGUGUUGGAACAAGUCUCUGCUUCAUGGUCGUCUCUGUGACUCCGUCCCAGUAUUUUAACGUCAAACGUGGUCUCGCAUACGGUAUCAUCUACGCUGGAGGUGGGUUCGGUGGUGCAACAAAUAGUUUCAUUAUGGAUGCCUUGAUCCAUCGCCUUGGUCCGGUUUGGACCUUCCGUGUGAUGGGAUUAAUUACCCUUGGAACCGGUUUACCGGCGGCUUGGUUGGUGAAAGAGCGGAUUCCUUCCCGCAGGACCGCAUUUAUCGAGUGGCGCCUUUUCCGCGAUGUUCGAUUUUCAUUGCUAUAUCUUGUUGGUGCGAUAGGAACGUUCCCUCUUUUUGUCCCGCCGUUCUUUCUUCCUCUCUAUACCAACUCCCUUGGCUUUGCUUCGAGUACUGGGGCUGGCGUUGUGGCUGGUUUCAAUUUCUCCUCAGCUGUUGGCCGCCUGAUCUGUGGCUUCUUUUGUGACAGGAUUGGGCCACUCAACACCCUUUGCGGAUCUCUGUUGCUAAGUGCCGUUAGCAUUCUUGUGCUAUGGCCCGUCUCUCUGUCAAUAGGUCCGCUGGUUGCAUUCGUUAUUAUCAACGGCAUGGCUAAUGGCGGCUUUUUCUCCACCAUGCCCACAGUUAUUGGGAACGUGUUUGGGUCUGCAAGAGUGUCUGUUGCCAUGGGAAUGACAGUGACCGGAUGGGUUGGUGGAUACUUGAUGGGCGCUCCCAUUGCGGGCUAUAUUCUGGGGGCCUCAGGCGGCGCACAUGCUGGCAGCGAUGCUUUCCGACCUGCAAUCUUCUAUGCUGGCUCAAUGGCAUUGGCUGCAACAGUAUUAGCAACUUUCGUCCGCCUUAGGACGAACAGGUCGUUGCUUAUCAAGCUUUAA